CCAUCUCGACCCCAUUUUUUCCACGGCCACAACAACAAUAACAAUGAUCAAGGACGACAAGUGGUAGCACAAAUCUCUCGCUCAAGCCAGCAAGACUUAGACGACCACACAUAGCUUCCACCAUGGCUGCCCUCACAGACCACACGCAACACCAACCAUCCACACAUAUAGUACAUGACUGGCCCGGGGGUACCUUUGGCCUCAAGUCUGGCGACAUGUCCUGGAUGGUCCUGGAUGGCAACUCCACUCAUAUGGACGCCUCUCUAUCUGCUACAGACGGCGGCUUCACCAUGGACCUUGGUCCCGAGAUGUACAAUAUGCCCUUGCAGCCACACGACGCAAUCCCCUUCGGCACCAUCAUCCCCUCACAAAUUUCGAACACGGCUCUUGACGACGUCCGCGUCGGGCAUACACUCGUGGCUAAUCAGCAACACAGCUCGGAGAUACCGCAGCUCGCCGGCACGAAACGCAGGGAUAGCGAGAUACACGUGCACAGCACAGGGUCGCCAGAUGCAACGGCAAGUUUCGCGUCACAGUCUACGCCGUCGGACACGACGGCUCUUCCGAGCAGCAACAAGAAGAAGAAGACGAUACGCGAGAAGAACCGAAUGGCUGCGACAAAGUAUCGCGACAAGACGAAAUGUGAAAUUACAGAGCUCGUGAAGACAGAGCAAUGGCUCUCCGAGAAGAACAGUGCCUUAAAGGCCCACGUCAAGUAUUUAUGCGAUGAGAUCCUCGCCCUCAAGACGGAGAUCCUGCGACAUGGCACUUGCGAGAGCCAGCUCAUCCAGGACUACAUCAUGGAGAGGGCUAUCGCCAUCAUUGGCAGUGGUUGGGGCGGCUUCACCCUCGCGCACGAGCUGUCGCUCGCCAAGUACGAUGUGACCGUGAUCUCGCCCAACCGCACUGUCCAGUAUACGCCGCUGCUUGCGAGUGCUGCGGCAGGCAUGUUCGACUUCAGACUCGCCGAGGAGCCAGUCCGCCGCAGCAGCCGCCUGCCUGGCCUGCAGUACUACAAGGCCACCGUCGAGGACAUCGACUUUGCCAAAAAGACCCUCCACUGCAUCCCAGCAGUCUCGGACAUUGCGGGCACCCGCCUCUCGUCCGACCCGCGCCGCCACGCCUUCACCCUCGCCUACGACGUCCUCGUCAUCGCGCCCGGGUGCACCGUGCAGACCUUCGGCACCCCGGGCGCCGUCGAGCACGCGCACUUCCUCCGCACGACCGACGACGCGCGGCAGAUCCAGCAGCGCCUGCUCGAGAUGCUCGACGCGGCGUCCACGCCGGGGCUCGCGCGCGCCCAGCAGCGCGACAUGCUGCGCGUCGUGGUCGUCGGCGGCGGGGCCAUCGGCAUCGAGGCCACGGCCGAGCUCAUCGAGGUCCACGACGUGGCGCCCGAGAUCCUGGGCACGUUUGACGACCGGCUCGGCGAGUACGCGCUGCGCAAGCUGCAGAACCGCGGGGUGCGCAUCAGGACGGGGAGCCACAUCACCAGGGUCGAGGACGGGGCGGUCUACACCAAGGAGCGAGGCGAGGGCAAGGAGCGAGGCGAGGGCAAGGAGCGAGGCGAGGGCAAGGAGCCCCUGGUGUACGAGAUGCUCAUCUGGGCCACGGGCAACGGGGUGAACCCGCUCGUCGACAAGAUGCAAGGUGUCGAGAAGACGGGCAAGCUGCAGCGUAUCGUGACGGACCGGAGACUUCGCGUCGCGGUGCAAAAGGCAGAGUACCUCGCCCGGCAGCUCAACGUGGCUACUGAAGGGCAGCAGCAGCAGCAGCAGCCCUCAGAGGCCUUUGCGUACCGGCAGAAGCCCAACCUGGCAUAUCUGGGCCAGCACGACGGCGUGAUUGGCGGGCAGGAGGAGUGGACGGGCCACUCUGCGUGGCUGGCGUGGCGGAGUGGCAGCAUCUUCCACUGGCCGCGGAGCUGGCAGCGGACCAUCAUGAUUGGCAUCAGCUGGAUGUUCAACGCCAUUGGGGGCCGGGACAUUGCACGGCGGUGGUAG